AUGCAUGUUAACAUAUUGGGGCUUUAUGUGAUUCCUUUUUUCAUAAUAGCUUCUAGCUGGUGUGCGUCUCUGUUCAAUGAUUUGAUUUGGGAACUGGUCAUCUGCAUUGGAUUUGACCUAUGCUUGGAUGUUGCAGUAGUAGGGAACCUAAUAUUCAAUGGAACACUUGAGAGUGAUUUUCAGUUCUCAGCAAGGUUGUUUGAAGGGAAGCUUCUGUUAGGAGAUUCAGCUGUUCAUUUUACAUAUUCUGUAAAAUCAAAUGGAAGCUCACUGUUGGGCUUAUCUCUUGAGUUCACUUCUGCUGCCGCGGAGCAAAAAUCAGUAUUACUUGCUUCUUCGGGUGAUUCUUUGCUAACUAUGAUUCGUUUUGUUAGACAUUUUGACAAUGUUAUAAUGCCUCAUCGUGUUACUAAAUUAGAGAGUGAAUCAUCAUGGGUCAUACGAGAAAGUAAUAUAUUGAUGGAAGGAUACACAUUAACAAAAAUCCAUGCUGUAUGCUAUAAAUUAAGGCCUGAAGUUCACAAAUCAGAAAGUCAAGGUAAAACCAUGGCGCUUUCUCCAUCAGAAUAUCAUGCAAUGCUUGGUGAUCUUGCAAUAAAUAGUUUGACGCUGAAUUCCGACUUCCCACCAUCAACUUCAUGGCUUGUUGAAGGAAACUUCACUAAAUUGUCGUCUUCCGGUUCAAAUGACUCCAGGAAACUCAAUGUCAAGAUUGAUUGGAAAUUGAAAGGCGGGAAGACUCACCCUUUCCCCAAGUAUAAUAUCUACGUCAAGAAACAACCCGAUCUCUUAAUUGCAGAAUCAAAUGGAUCACUUCAGCUAGUCCACGAGUACCUGGGAGUUGCGGUACUUGAAGCAUAUUAUGUAUCAGAUCUUGUAGUACCCUCUGGCACUUCAAGCAUUACAUUCAUCAUUCAAGUUUGCAGUCUGGAUGGAUCUCUCCAAAAGCUAGAAGAGUCUCCAUCUCCUGAUUUAGAUGUUCAAGGUUCUUAA